CGCUGUGCGGACGUCUCGUUUGGCCGCUGCUCCGAGAUUUAAGAAUCCAGUUUAAAUAGCAAAUUUUUACGUCUUUGUGCUCUUGUCUCAAUCACGCUUUAUCGCUCAGUAACGGCGACCAUUAAUUAAAUGGCAAAGUGUCGGUGUGUCAAUUGAAUUUGUACGACUUUUGAUUGAAUUAAAAUACGAAGUUGCAAACACACAAUAACAGCAAUAAUAGCCAGUGCAAUUAGCGGUAAUUAAGCCGGACCAUCGUGGUGAUUUCUGUACAGUUCUGAUCGGUCGCCAAAAGAUAUUUUUCGCACAUACACACUCUCUCGCUCUCUGCCAUUUUUUUGGGAUAAUUAAAUUGGAGAAUUGUGUUUUGGGAAGAGAGAGUCCCCUUCCGCCUGGUGAAGUGGCCGUGUGCGUGCGUGUGUGUGUGUGUGCAACGGUGUGUGUUCAGUUGUUGUGAAGGAAUUUCUCAUUAAACCGGCGCUAAAAGGAUUACGAACCCGUUCAUCUUCAUCGUCAUCAGACCCGCAGCGGCUCGAAUAACGUUGAUUCCCCUCCUGUGACUUCUUCUUCUACUUCAUCGACCGGAAACGUUAACCCUCGAAAACGAAUCUGGAAAUUAUGAUGUCGCAUCAACUGCAACAGACACGUCGCCGCUUGGGCUCCGUCAGCGAUUCGGCGCCACCAUCGGAGUCCAGUGAGGGCACCGGCUCCUCCUCGGAGCCGCGGGAUGAGUUGAUUCUGCACCCGGACUGGUCGGCCCACUCCCAGUCCUCGGCACAGCGGAGCAGUGUCCAUGGGACCACAUUCUCGUACAAUGCCUCGGACAUCGAUGCGGACACCAUUAGCACGGAUACCACGAGCAACACCAAUCUGUCGGACUACGAGAGGGGUCAGGUGGAGAGCUUCUUCGGGGGCCUGGGCACUGAGAUAUAUGUGAGCGGUGCCCUGGCGAAUCUGUACGAGGGAACUGGCAAGGAUGGCGACUGGCGACUGGUCUUCACCGGCAUUCCGGUGAUCCUACACGACAAGGGCAACUGCCGGGCCAGGGCCAUACCCAGAGUGACCCUUGUGCUGGCCGAGAGGGGCUCCUGCUUCUCGCUCUGGUCGGAUCGCAUUGACAACCUCUCGAACUACCGGAUUGCGGGUCCCUCGUUCCACACCAUGUGCCUGUCGAGCAAUCACCAGCAGAUGAUCGGUUUCAGCUUCGAUUCCACGGACGCGGCCCGCGAGCUCUGGCAGCAUGUGGAGCGUCUGGUCAGCGAUCCGGAGAACAUAGCCUUGACCGUCCCCGGAACCAGGAAGCAGAAGAAACAGAAGCGCGUGAAGCCGGCUCCACUGCCGCCCAAGUCGCAGAUAUCGCAUCCGUGCCAGUUCCACCAUGUGACCAGUGUGGUGAAGGAGGACAGCGAGCGGUACUACAGCAUGCAGGCCUUUGGGCCACCGAAUCCCCAGCAGCAUCGUUGAGUAGGGUCGGGCGCGUGGAUCUGGAACACGAGCGCCCUUUGGUGGCAGAACUGAGAUCUGCAAAACCCCCCAAAAAACCCUAUAGAGAUCCAGCUAUAAACCCAUAGUUUGUAGGAUUAGUUGUAGAAUUAAGGUGUCACACAUAUCUUUAGAGGUUUGAAGGUAUUUCAUAAAAUGAGUCUACAAAUAGGUUAUGAUUUGCAUUUAAAAUAUAUUGAGAAGUAUGUAAUGAUAUUUGUUUAGUUUUUGGUUAUUUCAAAUCUCAAUACAAUUAUUUGGAACUUUUUGAGAUUGGAAAAGAUUCCUUGUUUUUAUAAAAUUGUUUUAUUACACGUUUCCUUUUUAUAUCAUUACAUUUAAUCAUUACUUUCAAACUACCUUCAAAUCUCUAGAGAUUAUUGUGGAACUCCAGCUAAAUCCCUUUGUUAUAGGCCUAAGUUAUGCCAAUGUGUCCCACUCGGUUGACACAUUUAUCUGUGAUACAUUUUAGGCGUCUAUAAUUUAGAAAAGGUAACUGAAACAAAAACAAAUUUGAUAAAGAAAAUUUUAAAACAAAAAUAGAAAAUUAAACAAGAAGUUUUCCAAGUUAUUACAAUACAUAUACAUAUAUAUUAUAAUCAAUAAGUCCGAGAGUUUUUGUAAGUCCAUUUCUAAUAUCACCCAUAGACACAUAACACUCUUAUGCAUAAUGAUAUAUAUAUAUACUAUAUAUAGUCCUGAUAUCUAUCGAGUAAUCUAUGUAUGUCCCAUUUGCAGUCGCUGCAAAUGUUUUUUGAUACCUAAAAAGCUUGUUUUCUUAUCGGAUUAUGACUAAGCCCAGACAAAAUAUAAAAAAAAAAGAUGAAAAUCCAUUAACAAAGUGUUUUUUUAAAGCUCUAUGUAUCAUAUUAUAUACGUGCAUCUAUAUGCUACAUAUUACACAUAUAUCUAUAUAUUAUAUGUAGCUCUAAGCAUUACAUCAUAGCCAUUUGUCUGUAUAUCUCUGAACUUCAUAUAUAUAUUUGCCUGUGCAAAAAAAGAGCACGAGA